AAAUUCAAGGCACUCCUCCCUCCAACUGCCCGAGUCAAAUGUGUCUCCGAUGCCGGCUUCUUCAUCCACGGGAAUGAUAUCUCCGGCGGACGUGCCAUCGAGAAAUUCUUCGGCGGCGUCGUUAACACACAUGUGCGUGCUUAUCUAUAUACAUCACAAUCCUCUGUUUUUCUUUCUAUGACGACUCACUUUCUGAAUUUGUUAUUGUGAUGUCAUUGUUGCCUAAUUCUGUUGUUUGGGGGAGGUGGGUAACAGGGCUCCACCAAAAUCUGCCGGCGUCCUGUACUUCAAGAAUGAGGCCCGACCUGG